ACAUGUAAAUUACGUAUGCGUACGAUAUAAAGUAGUCUUCAAACUAUUGAGUAACACGUAAUGCAUCUACUACACCUACUAUUGAAAUCGCUAUCUCUUUGCAUAAUUACUUCGCAUCUCUUUCACAAUUCACUUUAGAAUUUAUUUUCCAUGAAUCAGAGAAAGAUGAAACGAUCAAUAUGACGUGAAUAUCACGUUGGCAAAACUGACACUGACACGUUCUUACUUACGCCGUCUGCUUCAUGGAAUGACUGCACCGACUGCACAAAUGUUUGUUCACUUAUGGACAGGUUAAAUUUGUGCGAUUCAACUUGAAAUUCGUUUCGAUAAUAACGAUACCGUAGAGGAUUUUAGUAUUUUCACAUUUUUUACGGAUGAUGGAGGAGGUUGACAAUAUAAUCAUUCACUCAUUACGUCAAAUAGGCUGUGAGAUAGAAGAGAGUGUAACAAAUCUCAGUAAUUUCAAUACAGAGUUAGUGGUAGAGGCAACUGUAAAAUGUUUAGACAUAAUAAAACCAGGCCUUGGAUUAUCUACAGUCUUACCAAUAAAUAUGGCAGCCAGAUUUCGAUUAGGCGCCUCACUUGCUCAAGCAUGUUCAGAACUAGGAUACAAAGGUGAUAUUGGCUAUCAAACAUUUUUAUAUAGCUCAGAAUCUGACUUAAGAAAAGUUUUUAUGUUUCUUAUUGAAAAAUUGCCAAAAGAAAGUGAUAAAGCUUUAAGCGAACCUGUUAGCAAUAUCGCGUUAUUGGAAAAAUCGAUAGCAUCGGUAAUGGCACAACACCUCUCUGCUCCGUGGUUACCGCAUUAUUGUCAUGCGAAGGGAUUUAGAAAUAGAGGAAGAGCAAGGGUUCCUUAUAAGUCUGUGAAUUUAGAAGUCCCAAAAAUGGAGGCAGAAGGAGAAUAUCAAGAUUAUUACAUACAUUAUCUGCAGCCUAUGCCUGAACAAGUGCAAAAUGAAUCGUCUGUUCUACCUUCGUUGAUAUCCUUCAAUGCGAGAGCUCUUCAUUCGCAUCCAAUGAGUCUCACUGAUCAAAUUAAUUGGCUAAAUAAACAAUAUUGUGAUAAAAUUACUGAAACAAACGUGUCUACCGAUGUUAACAUUCUUAAUAGGGUCUCGUUAAUGGACACAUCAUUACCUCCUAAGGAAUCUGAAGUAAAAGACAACAGUACUAAAGAUGAACAAAUCACAGAACAUAACAUCUCGGAUAAAGUAGAAAAGCAAGAUCUACAUGUAGAUAAAAUAAAAGCAGAAUGCGAAAGUUUCAGAAGUAACAUAGAAGAAUUGCAAGACGUAAUUAAGAACUUAACUACUAGUGUAACUCAAGUAACAAUAAAUUAUCAAAAUGAGGAAAAGGAAUUAACAAUCAAUGAAGAACAGAAGAAGAUUAAGGCAAGAAUCUAUGACUUAUUACAAGACGGUGAGGAGAAUGUAAAAAAAUUGGAAGCUACGAUUAAUACUACUACGCAUAAAUUAAUCAAUUUGGCUAAUCAAUGGGAAAAACAUAGAGUACCACUAAUUCAAAAAUAUAGAGAAGAGAGAGAAAAACAUUCUACUAAAGCUAGCGCAAGCCAAAAGAAACUCGACGAAAUUAAGUUACUAAAGGAGAAAGAAAGAGAGUUGCAAGAAGAGUGUCGAAACAAAGAUCAACAGUACACUCAAUUAGUAACCGAAGUUCAAAAACUUCCUAAGGAAGUAAACCGAUCGGCGUAUACUCAACGAAUUUUAGAGAUAAUCAACAACAUCAGGAAACAGAGGGAUGAAAUUAGCAAAGUAUUGGCGGAUACGAGAGAAAUUCAAAAAGAAAUUAACACGCUGACGGGUAGAUUGGAGAGAUCGUUCACUGUCGUCGAUGAAUUGAUAUUUCGAGAUGCGAAAGCGAACGAAGCGUCGAGAAAAGCUUAUAAGCUAUUGGCUACGUUGCACGCUGACUGUGGCGAACUUGUAAAAUUAGUAGAAGAAACUGGCGCUACUAUAAGAGAGAUCAGGGACUUAGAAGAACAGAUCGAUUCUGAAGCAACCAAGAAUGUCGGAGCAAACUUGGAAAGAAUAACUGCGGAUUUGAAACAAAUGAAACAGGAAACGGCAGAGUUAACAGCACAACUACAGAACAAAGCCUCGUGAUUUCCAUACAAGCUGUGAUAUUAUGACAUAGAUUGUAAUAACAACGACCAGGAGACAUUCCUCGCAAAAUGAUCUUGAAGACCAACUUUUGUAGUUAUGCAGAAUUUGAUAUAUUGCUGCCCGUGAAGCAAUCUUCCAAAGUUCGUUAAAGGGUGACUGCUAAAUUUGUGCCUUGGCCCCAGUUACAGCUUACUGUGCUUAAAAAAGGGUCAAGUAUAUAAUACAAAUUAAUUUAAUAUCAACGCUCAAAACGGAACGUCAUUUGUUACAGAGCCUAAUAAUUUUUUAGCAUAAACUUUAAUUAUGUACAGUUUCAUAUUACUGAGAACUAAGUGGCUUUGGAGUUAUCUACUAUGACUCUAGAUAAUGAACGUUUAAGAAAAUACUUUUAAGCGAUUAUGUACAAAAUACGAGAGAUAAAUAAUAUGUAACAUG